UUUCGGAGGCCGGGUUAGCUGUGCAGCUGCUGAGUAAGUCAUGGUAAUGCGUGCAACAGCGAGGAGACUGCCACAAGCGAGCAAGAAAAAAAUCUGGCUAAUGUUAGAUUUAAUAAAAAAUAGACACUAUUAAGGAUUCUUAUCUUCAUUUAACUCUGCUUGCAAAAUGCGACUGACGCGGAAACGGUGGACUAUCUGCACGAUAAGCAUCCUUCUGAUUUUCUAUAAGACAAAAGAAAUAACAAGAAGUGAUGAACAUCAGGAAGCUCAACUCACGGGUGAUAGUGAGCUGAGUUCCAGACUGAUGGUGAACGGCUCGGAUAAAGCACUGGGGAAAGGCAUGGCCCCGUUUCUCCAGCACACGGUCCAGGGCUGGCACCUCAACUCCUCUCUGGUCCUCAUGAUAAGGAAGGACAUCCUGCGCUUCCUGGACGCGGAGCGGGACGUGUCGGUGGUGAAGAGCAGCCUGAAGCCCGGCGACAUCAUCCACUACGUGCUGGAGCGGCGGCGCACGCUGAACGUGUCGCGGGCGCUGCACAGCCUGCUGCCCGCCGUGUCGCCCAUGAAGAACCGCCGCUUCCGGACCUGCGCCGUCGUGGGCAACUCCGGCGUCCUGCUCAACAGCGGCUGCGGCCGGGAGAUCGACGGGCACGACUUCGUCAUACGGUGUAACCUGGCGCCCCUGGAGGAGUUCGCGGAGGACGUGGGCGUGCGGUCGGACUUCACCACCAUGAACCCGUCGGUGAUCCAGCGGGCCUACGGCGGCCUGCGGAACGACAGCGACCGCGAGCGCUUCGUGCGGCGGCUGGGCGCGCUCAACGACAGCGUACUGUGGAUCCCCGCCUUCAUGGUGAAGGGCGGCGAGCGGCACGUGGAGUGCGUCAACGACCUGAUCCUGCGGCACAGGCUGCGCGUGCGGACCGCCUACCCCUCGCUCCGGCUCAUCCACGCGGUCAGAGGGUACUGGCUGACGAACAAGGUGAACAUCAAGCGGCCGAGCACGGGCCUGCUCAUGUACACCCUGGCGACGCGCUUCUGCGACGAGAUCCACCUGUACGGGUUCUGGCCGUUCCCCAAGGACCUGGGCGGGAACCCGGUGAAGUACCACUACUACGACGCGCUCAAGUACCGCUACUUCUCCAAGGCCAGCCCGCACAGGAUGCCGCUGGAGUUCAAGACGCUGAAGACGCUGCACAGCCGCGGCGCGCUCAAGCUGACCACCUCCAAGUGCGCACGACCCUGAGGCUCCGCCCCCCCAUGAAACCCCUCCCCCCGAGCCGAAUCCCGUGUGCCGAUUGGCUGGAUUUUGUUUUUGAAGCGGGGCUCUGGACAUUGCGACGUAGCAUUCUUUGCGCACGAGUGAGGGAGGAGAGUGCUGGAUAGGGGAGGCGGGGCCACAUAGGCAGGGGGCGGAGCCAUGGACAGGGGGCGGGGCAAGACAAGGGGGACAGCACCGUACUGACAGUUUGAGUGAUGUGGAAUACGCAAUAUACGGACGACUGAAACUUAAAGUAGCCUGAAGUUUAUAUUUAAAAAAAAAAAGAGAGUGUGCCUUGUUACGGACUGAACAGAUGGAAAUAAGGUACAGCAAAUGGACUGAGUAAUAAAUAGGAUUUUAAAUGCUUUUUUUUAUUUUCUAAACUGGCUCAGCAUAUUGAGAAUGUUUCGCUGUGAAUCAGAUGUUGGUGUAUCUGCCUGGUCGUCUUUUUUUGGGAAUGGUGUCGUUGAUCACACGGUACUAGAGAUUUCAACAAGGGGUUUAGUGGCAGUUCUCUGAAGAAAACUGGAAGGUUCAGGUCAUGCUCAGUGGUGUGUUAGAGAUUAGAGAAUGUAUUCUGGAUGUUUCAAGUGGAGAAAAUGGGUCCUUAAUAUUGAUUCCAAAGAUAUUACUUUCACUUUUAUUUCAUUUUGACGCUUCUUCAAAAGAUUGUAUUGUGCGAACUUAAAUGCUGUACUUUUUUGGCAACUCAAGGCCUCAGGGCAUCAAUUAUUUUUGUAUUUAUCAAAGUCGGGAAGAAGAACCACUGAUUAUCCAACACGCUAUUUCUGGGAGCGAUUUCGACUUGAAACCAUUAAUGAGCAUUUCACUGGACAGAUCAUUUUAUUCAGUUUCCAAAUCUUGGAUUGUAAUUAUCUGCCGAAUGUAACAGCUGAUACCAUUGGAACAAAUCGUUUGUGCAGCUACUGUGAAGUUAAAAAAAAAAAAAAAAAAAAAAAAAAAAAAAAGCUAAAUGAUAAGAUCAUAACUGGAUUUUUUUUUUUAAAAGGACUUUGCCUAACCGUAAUGUAUCCCUGUGUGAAGCAACGUCAUCAUGUAACUGCUAACCCAGCGUACGCGGGAUGCCAGCCCCAAUGCCAUUUUAGGACCCCUGUGCUUUUGAUUCCAAUUUUACAGCGACUCGUAUAGUAAGUUCCGCACGGUCACUUAAACUAUGCGCAGAUGCUAUGAUUCAAAUACGUAGUUAACAGUAAAAUACGGGACAGCUAAUACUUUGUUGAAUGUUUGCCUUGAUUUAAAAAAAAAGAACUGUAUCCUUUUAUGACGAUGUAACUUAAUAUUAAGAAAUAUGCUUACGCAAAAAGGCAAGAUGACAUUUUGUCGUAAAUGAUGCACCUUUCAUUUUUGUGUAAGAUGUCCAUGCACUUGCAACCAUAAGUUUUUUACGGUUCAUAUUACACGUUUAAUUGCUUAUUAAAAGCAAACCUUCAGUAUUAUGACGCAGUCCAGCCGCGCUACCGGGGCUGGUUUGCGCGUGCUCUAACCGAGCUGGAGACGCGAAGUCAACCUGAUUAAUGCAGGUCGAUCCUUUAUUUAACCAAGUAACUGUAUAUAUCAAUUAUACGCAGCCCUGGCGAUCCAGCUCGUCCUCACCGCCAGGGCAUUACACUGCCGGUCAUCCUCAUUGUCCGCUUACUUUCUGACGUUUCGUCGUUCCUCAGAAACGCCAGUGUACACUUUGACAUGUCGUCUUUGUAUCUUUGUAAAAUUUUGAAGUUGUCCCUUUUCCGGGGAUCUUGAACGGGAGAAUGUACAUAUCUAGUAUGGAAAUGCAAACAUGAAUGUUUAUUCAUAUAUGUGUAUAGUUACUUAGUGACAGACAAGUAAAGGAAAUUGCCUUUAGUAACCAAUGAAACUGGUAUUUAUUGGCAAUAUAAUAAACUUCUCUUGAAAAGAAUGCGAUCAGGAAAUUUACCAUGGGUUUCAAGCCUUAAUGUAUUUAUUUUCAUUGUUUUUCAAAGGAUGAAUAAUAUGUUGCUGUUGUUUUAGUUUGUAUGUGUUCAUACAUCUGUAAUUUAUAAGGUUGUCGUAUUUUUGUAAAUCUUGUAUUUGGACACAAACCGACUAAGGUGCUGAAUGUGGUAGGUUUAAAAUCGUUUUUGAAACAUUUGAUACUAGUUGUUUUGCAAUAUUUCCAGCUUUAAAUUUGGUUUGUUUCUUUUGUAAAAAAAAGUCAGAUUUGUAUGUAUGUGUAAAAAGGCAUUUUAGAAUAAAACAUUGUUCUCUUUUCA